GUGUUUGCAAUUGUAGAGAGAGAAAGAGUGAGGAAGAGAGAGAGUUGUGGGCGGUGGGUUUUGUGGCUCUCUCAUUUGGGGGGGGUCACUGUCACGGAAGAACCAAAAAGCAGCAUAAGAAGUUGAGAUUUCUUGCCCUCCUUUCAUCUUUGCCUUUGGCCGCCCACCCCUGAUUUUUUUUCUUAGGCGUCUACUAUCUCUUUCGAUUUUCUUGUGCCAUCUCUGUUUAAUGUGGUUCGAUUCGUUUCUGGAAAAAACUUUCUGCAACGAAUUCGUUAAUUUCUUGACCAACUCUGAACUGGGUCUGCUUCAUUUUUAGAAUUUACUGCUUAUAAUCAACAAUUAGGUUCUGGGUUAUGGUUAUACUGUAGGGUAUUUUUAAGUUUUGAAUGUGCUUCCGGUAUUGGAUAAUUGAUUGGGUUACUGGCUCUGUGUAUUAGUUCGGAUUGCUGUUAUAUACUCCUGAGGCAUGGCUGGAAUCCAUGUGUCCAAGUAUGAUCAUAGCCCUGUGCACAAGGCCAUAGUCACGAGGGAUUAUGCCGGUCUCAGGAGGAUUCUAUCUGAUCUCCCGCGGCUUUGUAAGCCUGCAGAGAUUCGAUCUGAAUUAGUUUCAUUAGCUGAGGAAGAGAAGGCUGAUGCCAUUGCUGCCGUCAUUGAUCGGCGAGAUGUCCCAAACCGUGAGACCCCUCUUCACUUGGCUGUAAAACUUGGUGACCAGACAGCGGUCGAAAUGCUUAUGGUUGCCGGGGCAGAUGUGAACUUGGUAAAUAAAGAUGGAUGGAGUGCACUCCAGGAAGCAAUUUGCAAUAGAGAAGAAGCAAUUGCCAUGAUCAUAGUUAGGCACUCCCGGGCACUGUCUUGGGCAAAAUGGUGCAGAAGGUUACCUCGUUUAGUUGGAACAAUGCGGAGGAUGAGGGAUUUCUACAUGGAAAUUACAUUCCACUUUGAGAGUUCUGUUGUACCUUUCAUUUCGAGGAUUGCCCCAUCAGAUACUUACAAGAUCUGGAAAAAGGGUGCAAAUUUGAGAGCAGAUAUGUCGUUGGCUGGUUAUGAAGGUUUGCAAAUUAAGCGUCAUGAUAAGAGUGUUCUUUUCCUGGGCGAUGGGUCUGAGGAUGGUAAGGUGCCUCCCGGGUCACUUUGCAUGGCCUCACACAAGGAUAAGGAAGUGGUGAAUGCUUUGGCCGGUUUUAGUUCUCAACCAACUGAAGAAAAGGUUCGGCAAAAGGUGGUUGCAAUGUCUCGGACUGUGAUGUCCAGGGGUAGGAUUGAUGUGACUCAGGCAGUACUUUUUCCUCAAAUGACCUGGAAGCGGCAGAAGAAAACAGAAAUGGUUGGCGCGUGGAAGGCUGUGGCAUACGACAUGCGUAAUGUGGUUGUGAGUAUGAAAUCUAGAAGGGUUCUCGGGGCUAUGACAGAUGACAAGCUCGUCUCAUCCUGCAAUGAAAAUGAAACAGAGAGCGAGGAGUUUAAGGAUAUUCUGACAGAGGAUGAGAUGAGGCAACUUGAAAAUGCACUUUCGUCAGAAUUAUCAAACGAAAAUGGUGAUGGGAGUAUUGAAGGUGGUUGUUAUGAGCACAGGGAGAUUCCUAUUGAAGAUGUUAGUAGUGAUAGAAAUGGAGAGAAUAAGCAGGAAAAGAAAGGAUGGUUUGGUGGACGGAGGAAGGGGGGUGAUCACCGGAGAGGAAGGGAUAUGAAAGCAUCUUCUUCCGCAAGUCCCGAUAAUGAGAAUCGUCGCAAGGAUGCUAGCAAGGAGAACGAGUGUAAGAAAGGAUUAAGGCCAGUACUGUGGCUUUCCCCAAGCUUUCCAUUACAAACAGAGGAACUGUUACCGUUACUUGAUAUUUUAUCAAACAAGAUCAAGGCAAUUCGUCGUUUGAGGGAGCUGCUUACAACCAAACUUCCGAGGGGUACAUUUCCAGUCAAGGUUGCUAUCCCAGUGGUUCCUACUGUCAGACUAAUUGUCACCUUCGUAAAACUUGAAGAAUUGCCUUCAACGGAUGAGUUUGCAACACCGCCAUCAAGCCCCACUGGCAGGGAGAGCCCAGGUUCGACAAGAGCUCCUUGCCAGCGCCCUAUUCAAGACCCGUUUGCCAUUCCGUCAGAAUAUAGAUGGGUUACCAAAUUAAAGAAAGGGAAGAGUCAGAGUCACCAAAAAUGAGGUCAGUGAGGGCGGAGACAGAGAUCUAAUGUAAGGAGGAUUGAUUUAGCUCACCAAAAGGAACUCGGCAGAUACCAAAAUAGAGAGAAUAGUAUUUCAUUACUGUAAGGAGAAAAAAAACACUCCAUGUUAGGCAAGGCCAUUGCUGUGGUCGUCGUCGUCCUUUCUAAUAGGAGAAUUAUAUGGAUCAAUUGUCUAUAUAAAUAGUGGCCAUUGUUCU